AUGACUAUCAUUGCCGCUAUGAAGAACUUGACCCCAACUGCCUCCUCGAUGGGCAUGUCCAACGCUAUUAUUGGAUCAUCUUCAUCUGGUGUUACCAUGCAAGGAUCCAAUAAGAGUGCCAACCUCCUUGGAUGUCUCCCAUGUCUUCCAGACCUCCAUAUUAAUGCUGAUGUUCAUAUCAAUGUCACUGUCAAUGGUUGCACAGUAGUUGACACAUGUGUAAAGGCCAACAUUUGUUAA